AGCUUAAAAGCUGUGGCAUCUGGAACAGCAAGUACUCGCUCAGACCUCGAUACACAUCGACAUGUUCGCUCGAAUCCUCACAAUUUCUGUUGUCUUCCUUCUCCUUUCCCAAGCCUAUGUUAUGGCUGCGGUUAUCAGGACCUCAUCCAAUUCGACUAGUUGUGGUGACGGUGAAGCUCGUUGCUGCAAGGAGGAUUCGUCCGACCCGGGGUAUGUUAAUGAUGAGGAGUGCGAAAGUUACUCAGAGAAUUGCACAAGUGGCUAUGUAGCAUCUUGUUGCUACACCGUCACGGACUAUUAUUACUGCAACCAGACUACGUCAGGUUAACAGUAGGGUUGUUAGGUGUUUUGAAGCACGGUACCUGAAGGACAUUUGUUAAGCUGGGCUUUCGAACGAAUUAUACCACAAAUUUAUAUUGGACCCAUGAUAUACCACCGAUGCGAAAAUGUCUCGAACUUCUAUAUCAUCAUUCAGUACUCAGUUUGAAGUCUCGAAACGCUCUCCACCAGUAGUCACGA